UUGACAUCAGAUUUGCUGCAGUGCAGAAGAAAAACACGUCUGUUAUUUUCAUGAAAGAAGAGAUUUUUUUCAUAAACAGAUACGUGUGUGUGUGUGUGUGUGAGUGUGUGUGAGGAUGUGUGUGUGUGUGUGUGCAUGUGUUGUGUGUUGAUGCUGGUGAAGACUGAAGUUUGACUUUACAGAGAAACUUAACAGUCAGAGCUUGUGGUGACAAUGUCACAGAAAAGCCGCUGCAGUGUACAGAAGACGAGAAGAAGAGAAGAAGAAGUUGGAGCUGUAAGAAUCUCUUGUGUUGGAUUGUGAAAGUUUCAUUUGACGACAGCAGAGAGAACAAAUGUCUCCUUUCCUGAGAAUCGGUUUCUCCAGCUUUGAGAUGGACCCGGACCCGGGUCUGGCCUACCACGAGGAGGUCCUCAACCCGUACUGUGCUGUGUACAUGAAAGAGGCCAUCGACACGGAAAAAGGUCCAGUGUAUAAGCAGAAGAAACCGACCAUGUAUCCACCGUGGAGCAGCACGUUUGACGCUCACAUCCACCGCGGUCGCAUCAUGCACGUGAUGGUCAAAGACCGAACAGCUGAGCUGAAAUCUGAGGCCACGGUCGCUCUCGACUCACUGGCAACGCGCUGCAAGAAGGAGAACGGCAAACUGGAGAUCUGGUUGGAGCUGAAGCCUCAGGGUCGUGUGCUGAUGGAGGCCAGAUAUUACCUGGAGAAAAGUGACGCUGCAGGACAAAUGGACGCAGACGGCGAGUCUGAGCGAGAGAGAGACGGUUUGUUCGCCCUUCACCAGCGACGUGGUGCCAUCAAACAGGCCAAAGUUCACGAGGUCAAAUGUCACGAGUUCAGCGCCACUUUCUUCCCUCAACCCACCUUCUGCUCCGUCUGUAAAGAGUUUGUUUGGGGUCUGAACAAACAGGGUUACCAGUGUCAACAAUGUAACGCAGCCAUACAUAAAAAAUGCAUCGACAAAGUCAUCGCCAAAUGUACAGGUUCAGCCAUAAACAGCAAAGAGACCAUGAUCCAUAAGGAGCGUUUUAAGAUCGACAUGCCGCACAGGUUUAAAGUCUACAACUACAAGAGUCCCACCUUCUGUGAACACUGUGGGACGCUGCUGUGGGGUCUCGCCAAGCAGGGACUCAAGUGUGACGAAUGUGGGAUGAACGUUCAUCACAAGUGUCAGAACAAAGUGGCCAAUCUUUGUGGCGUCAACCAGAAACUGAUGGCAGAAGCUCUGGCCGUCAUCGGGAGCAAACAGCAGGCCCGAAGCACCAAAGACUCUGACAUCAUUGGUCGAGAAGGUCCAGUGGGUGUCGGCCAGGCAGGAGUCGUUCGAGCUCCGUCAGGAUUAUUGACGAGUUUACCUGUGAACAAAGAGCUGCAGGGCGUUUCAUGGGAGGGGCCAACAGACGUCAGCAGGUCUGACAAUGAGGCGCUGAUGGAGGAGCAGGAGGAGGAGGAGCCUCUGUACGCCGUCCCGAGGAAAGAUCACCAAGCCAAAUUCACUGUCGAUGACUUUGUCCUGCACAAGAUGCUCGGGAAAGGAAGCUUCGGAAAGGUGUUUUUAGCCGAGCUCAAAUGCAGCGGUCAGUUCUUUGCCAUCAAAGCUCUGAAGAAGGACGUGGUGCUGAUGGACGAUGAUGUGGAGUGUACCAUGGUGGAGAGGAGGGUUUUAUCUUUAGCCUGGGAAAAUCCAUUCCUCACACACCUUUACUGCACCUUCCAGACUAAAGAAAACCUGUUCUUUGUGAUGGAGUAUUUAAACGGAGGAGACCUGAUGUUUCACAUCCAGAGCUGCCACAAGUUUGAUUUACACAGAUCCACUUUCUAUGCAGCUGAGAUCAUCUGUGGUCUCCAGUUCCUUCACUCUAAAGGAAUCAUUUACAGAGACCUGAAGCUGGACAACGUUCUGCUGGACUCUGACGGACACAUAAAGAUCGCAGACUUUGGUAUGUGCAAAGAAAACAUGCAGGACGACACGAGGACGUCCACUUUCUGUGGGACACCAGACUACAUCGCUCCUGAGAUCCUGCUGGGUCAGAAGUACAACACGUCGGUGGACUGGUGGUCGUUUGGAGUUCUUCUGUACGAGAUGCUCAUCGGUCAGUCGCCGUUCCACGGUCGAGAUGAAGAGCAGCUGUUUCAGUCGAUCAGAACAGAUAAUCCUGUUUAUCCUCGAUUUCUCAACAAACACUCCAAAGACAUUUUAGUCAAGCUGUUUGUUCGUGAACCAGAGGAGCGACUCGGAGUCACAGGAAACAUCAGACAUCACAGUUUCUUCAGCUGCAUUGACUGGAACGCUUUGGAGCAACGGCAGGUGGUGCCGCCCUUCAGGCCGACCAUAACUUCGCCCAGCGACUGCAGCAACUUCGACAAAGAGUUCAUCAACGAGAAACCGCGGCUGUCGUGCGCCGACCGGACGUUGAUCAACAGCGUCGAUCAGACGACGUUUAGAAACUUCUCCUUCAUUAACCCGAGGAUGACUCGCAUCACAGCUCGCUGAAGCUCCGCCCACAACAAAAACAACCUACUACCUACAGACAAUGAUGAUGAUGAUGAUGAUGAUGAACAACCACCAGGGGGCACUCCUGACUCUAACUGGAUUUUGUCUCAAGAAAAAAAAUGUCAGUGUUGCAUUACAUGAACUUAUUUAUACUUGAUGAGUGAAUGAAUGGAUGGAUGAAUGAAUGGAUGGAUGAUGGAUGAAUGAAUGCAUGGAUGGAUGAAUGAAUGCAUGGAUUGAUGAAUGAAUGCAUUGAUUGAUGAAUGAAUGCAUGCAUGGAUGAAUGAAUGCAUGCAUGGAUGGAUGAAUGCAUGCAUGCAUGGAUGGAUGAAUGGAUGGAUUCGUCACAUUUUAAUCUUCAAAUGGCAUUAACUCAUUAUUCACCACUUUCAGUUUAAACGCAUGAAAUUUAAAAAGUGAAGUCGUCGAGAAUUAAAGUCAGAAACUUGAUUAAAUUGAGUAUUUGAUCAUUUUAGGGCCUUCGUUGUUUAAAUCAGUGGAAUGUAAAGACUUUUAUCUGACAUGUGUGAAUCACAGCGUCUUCUACUUUUUAUUCCUGAGUUCAAUAAAAGAAUUGAUGUUUGUCAUGUAAUGAAAAACAAACGUCCAUCACUAAAUGUUUUUUUUUGAUAUCAAACAUCGUUCCUAUUUUACUGAAAGAUGUAUCUGAUAAAAGAGUCACAUGACUCAAACAUUCGGUCCCAGUUGAUCAACUAUAAUUAAUCAUGUUGUUAAAGCUUUAGGAAGAAAAGAAUGAAGGAAUGUAUCGUCAUGAAUCUAAAGUCAGAGAAACAUUGUUACCAGGCUGUAAAAGUGUAGAGACUAAAAACAUGAAAAUACACUUUAAACUUUUCUUCUUCCUCAGAGAAAAUGAGGAAGAAAAGUUUAAACUAGAGACAAAAUAAAAGUCACGUGACGAACUAUAGUUUGAAAAGAACAUUUUUAAAAACUCACGUCACAU